AUGUCCAAGUACCUCCACGAAGAUUCCCAAUCAACGGAAAACUUUAUGGUCGCCAACAGAAACAUCGGAGUCGGCUUGACUGGCUCCGUCGUUUUCAGUUCCUGGUACUGGGCCACCGAAAUCUUAUGGGUCGUCACCAUGGUCUACAGCUACGGUAUCAUGAGCAGUUUCUGGUACUUUGCCGGACUCUCAGUGCAAAUAUGCGUCAUGUCGCUUCUGGGAAUCCAGGCAAAGAAAAAGAUCCCAAACGGCCAUACAUGCUUAGAGAUUAUUGAGCUCCGCUAUGGGAAACCCUCACAUUUGCUCUACAUGUUCAUGUGUCUCGUGAACAACUUGUUGUCUGCCUCAGAAAUGAUCUUGGGUGCAGCAGCAGCAAUAUCCAUUGUAUCGGGGAACCUCAACAUCGUUGCGUCUACCAUGCUGAUCCCCUUUGGCGUCAUGUGCUAUACCGUGGUUGGCGGGCUAAAGGCUACGUUCUUAACAGACUAUCUCCACUCAUUGGUUGCCUUAAUUAUCCUGGUCUACUUCAACACCGCUGUCAUCUCAAGCGACAAAAUUGGCGGCAUCAGUGGCCUAUACAACAAAGUUAUUAAACACGAGCUUGAACAGCCGGACAGUUACAUACAGGGCAACUACAAGGGUUCUUUCCUCACGGGGAAAUCCCAGGGCGCCAUCUAUUUCGGUAUCAUCAAUUGCGUGGGCAAUUUCGGCUUGACCGUGAUGGAUUCCAGUUUUUGGCAGAAAGCCUUUAGUGCCAACAUUAGGGCCUCGGUGCCCGGGUACCUCAUUGCCGCUGCAUUGAUCCCCGCUGUAGUGUGGCCCCUGGGGACCAUCGUUGGCCUAGCAAACGUAGUGCUUGAAAAGGAGUCCUUCUUCCCAACGUACCCCAGACAGAUGAACGAUAACGAGAUCAACAACGGGUUUGGACUUCCAUACACUUUGAUGGCCGUGCUGGGUAAAAAAUCACUUGGGGCGCUCUUGUUAACCAUUUACCUUGCAGUUACCUCUACCGUGAGUGCCCAGAUGAUUGCAGUGAGUUCCAUCAUCUCGUUCGAUAUCUACAGACAAUACUUCAACUCGAGUGCGACUAAUUCGCAGCUGAUCAAAGUUUCCCACAUUGGCGUCAUAUUCUUUGGUUUAUUUUCUGCUGGGUUCACCGUAAUGCUGCACUACGUUGGCGUGGACAUGACGUGGAUGGGCUACUUCACGUCGAUGAUCAAUUGCCCCGGUGUUGUGCCUCUGACUCUGGCGAUCUUAUGGGAUAGACAAACGAAACUGGCAGCGAUUGUUUCUCCGAUUGUUGGGUGCAUUGCGGGACUAGCCGUGUGGCUCGGGACCGCAUAUAAACUGGCGAAUUUGAUUGUGGGGGGGCCGACCUUGGAGACCUCCUUGGAGGGGUCCUUGGAGGAGCCCUCAAAGGAGAAGUCCAAAGAGGCCUCUAAAGAGGCCUCUAAAGAUGACGGUAUUGUCCAGAUAACCGAGUGGCCCAGUGACGACGACAACAACUCCAGCACUACUCCCUCCCAGGUGAAGACGCAGAGAAUUGCAGAUUUCUACACCAAGGUAGCAGCCGGGUCGGUGGUAUUUGUGACGCUGGUGACGUGGGUGCUGUGGCCGUUGCCGUUGUACCGCGACUAUGUGUUUUCCAUGGCGUUCUUUACCGGGUGGACGGUGGUGGCCAUUUUCUGGGUGUACUUGGCGUUGAUUAUGAUAGGGUUGUUUCCGUUGUGGGAUGGGAGGGAGUCGUUGAUGAAGGUGGUGAGGGGGGUAAUAGGCUCAAUUGCCGACUCAAUUGCCAGGCCAAUUGCCAGGCCUCGGCCUGGUAAUUGA